AUGUGUCUUAAUGACAAGGAGAUGCCCACAUACAUACUCAAGCAUGGCGACAUUGAUGUACUCCAACACUACCUCACAGUAACAGCCAACCGCAUGUUGCCAAGAGACUUGUUGCUACAACUUCACCUCGCGGUGGACAGUGGCAACGAACAGUUUGUACGUCUGCUCCUCCAACACAUUCAUAUCGACCUCAAUUGGGCCUGGUUCAACGCCAACAAUUUCAACAUUAAGUUCAAACAACUUGGAGUCCGCGUUGGUAUGCUCAGGUUGCUACACGAGGAGUUCAACUGUUUGUUUGGUCUCAGAAGUCUGUGGGAGGUGGCACUCACACACUCGGUCCGGUGUAACAUGGUUGACAGUGUGCAAUACAUCUUGGACAACUUGACUUUAAAUUCUGAGUUGUAUAACAUGCUCCCAAAGUGUCUACGUCGAUGCGCCAAAGCCGGCAACAUCAACAUGUUCCAACUGAUCUGUAGUACGCCAACUUGCAAACAAUUCCUCAUGGACAAUUUAUUUGACGCGACGAUUGAUGUUGCAGUCGAUCACACCCAAGAGCAGUUCGUCAACAUGUGUAUCAACUUCAUUAUGGCAAAAGAACAAUCUCAAGUCGGGCCGAGGAGGUUCUCAAUGCCAGUCUGGUGUUCCCACCUGCCCACAGUCAACAUCAACAUUCAAUGGACUUGUUGCAUCGGGCAACACUCCGCAUCACACCAAUGGCCGCCAUUCGCAACGAUGACAUUGUGA